AUGCUUGUAUUUAUUAUCAUAUUAUUUGCUUCUACAUUCAGUAGAAGUCAAGCAUCGACCAAUGUUGGUGGUAUGCUGCUGCAGAAUACAAUAUGGAGCAGAUCUGGUGGUGCUAAUCCUUACUAUCUCAUCAGUAAUGUUUAUGUGCCAAGAAAUGUUACACUGACUAUUCAAGCAGGCGUACAAAUCCUUUUUGAUAGAGGUGACUUUGAAAUACUUGUCAAAGGAUUUUUGCACGUACAAGGAACUGCUUCAAAUCCUGUGCAAUUUUAUAAUGGUGCAGCAACAAAUACUAAAUGGAUGGUAACACUGCAAUCAACUAAUUUAUCAGCAAGUUUCGUCAAUAAUGCUAUUUUUACUGGACCUCAAAAAGGAUUGCAGAUUACGACCGCACUUGCUGGAUUACCUCAAAAUACGGGUGUUUUAGUUGUUCAGAAUACAGUGUUCCUUGAAAAUACAUCUAUUGAAUCAAACGGUAAUUAUCCUUUUAAUUGUUACUUUCCUUUGCAUCGUUCUUCACCUGCUCCUUCACUCGAAUUGAUCUCAGCAGUAAUUAAAAAUUCGUUGGUGUCAACUGGCAACACUUUCAGUGAAUCAAUUCUUAUAACUAAUAGCAAAAUUUUCAAUACAACUAUUCGACCGGCAGCAGCUUUAGAUGGCAUUCAUUAUUCAACUAUCGAGCUCAAAGCACCACCAUUGGUAUUAGGUGAUUACUCAACUAUUUUAUGCAGUUCUGUCAAACGCUCGUCAUAUAUUGCACAAGAAAAUACCAUCGGAAUUCAAGCUUCUAGUAUUACUAUAGCUUUAUCAUCAAUCAGAUCUUUUGAAGUUGGUUUAGAAAUUACAUCCAAUAGUACGCAAAAGAGUUCAAUUUUGAGUUCCAAUUUUAUUUCCAACAGCGUAUUCAAUAUUCGAAAUGUUGGUCCGUAUAAUAUUGAAGCAACUGACAACUGGUGGGGAUCUGCAAACAGUGCAGAUAUUCAAAACAAAAUUUAUGACUAUUGGGAUAACGUCAAUUCUGGCGAAGUGAUAUAUUCUCGUGCUUCGAACGGAAAACUGCAAGCUGAAGAUAGUUGCCCACCAUACAAGGUGUACACGAUUAUAGCAAAUUUUACAAGUGGUGCCUAA